AUGGAGAAGAUCCCAAGCACUGAGCAGUUAAUCGUCAAUGGCAAGCCUGUCCUCCGCGAGGAGGAUGCCUUCGAAAGCACUGGAUACGCCUUCUCCCCUAAGAAGAAGUGGUGGAUCCUCACUGUUGUUGCUCUCUGCCAAACUAGUAUGAAUUACAACGCGGCGGUAUACUCCAACGCUGUGGAGCCACUGAACCGCCAUCACGGUAUUGAAAACGCUAGGCACGGUAUGAUUGCGUUCUUGGUCACUUACGCAUUUGGCUGUGAGCUCUGGGCGCCGUGGUCUGAAGAGAUCGGGCGCUGGCCAGUGAUGCAGCUUUCAUUGGGCCUCGUCAACAUCUGGCAGAUUCUCUGCGGCGCUAGCCAUACGUGGAAACAGGUGCUCAUUGGUCGGGUGCUUGGUGGCCUGUCUUCGGCUGGUGGUUCUGUGACGCUCGGUAUGGUCGCAGACAUGUUUGACCCUGAUGAGCAGCAGUUUGCUGUAGCCUGGGUUUCCCUUUGGUCUUGUCUUGGCUCUGUUAUCGGCGGCAUCUGCGGAGGACCUAUCGAGCAAUACCUCCCCUGGCGCUGGAAUUUCUGGAUCCAACUUAUCUUCGGCGCCGUUGUCCAGGCUAUCCACGCGUUCACUGUCCCGGAAACCCGCUCCACUAUCAUGCUCGACCGCGAAGCCCGUAAGCGACGCACCAAGCAGAGCAUCAACAUCUACGGCCCUAAUGAAGUAAGAUCCUUGAAGGAGAGGUUCGCUUGGCGUGAGAUUCUGGCAACAAUGUGGCGCCCAUACCGCAUGUUACUCACCGAGCCUAUCGUCCUUCUGUUGUCUCUUCUCUCCGGAUUCAGCGAUGCCCUCAUCUUCUCCUUCCUCGAGUCGUAUGGCUACGUCUUCAACCAGUGGCACUUCAACAAGACUGCGUUCGGUCUCGCCAUGAUUCCCCUUCUUAUCGGUUAUGUCCUGGCAUACUUGUCUUUCUUCCCGGUCAUCUUGCGGCACAACUUCAAGCGGCGCAACAACCGCGGUCACGAGCUUACCCCAGAGAGCCGCCUCUGGUUGUUACUGUUCAUCGUCCCACUUCUCCCAGUUGGUCUCUUUGGCUUCGCGUUUGUUUCAACUGGUCCACCAAUCCCCUGGAUCGCCCCCCUAAUCUUCUCCGUCCUGAUUGGUAUGGCUAACUACGCAAUCUAUUACGCCACCAUCGACUAUAUGGUUGCCUCAUACGGAGAAUAUGCUGCUUCUGCGACUGGUGGCAAUGGGUUUAUGCGAGACUUUUUGGCUGGAAUGUGUGCCCUGUACACGGGGCCCCUUUAUAAAAGCCUCAAGCCUAAGAACGCUUCUUUCCUACUCUUUGGCACAGCUGUCAUCGUAUGCAUACCCGUCUACGUCUUCUACUGGUUCGGCCCUCGUGUCAGGAAACACAGUAAGUUUGCUGAAGCACUGGCCGCAGACAAAGAACACCGGGUGGCCGCUAAGCACGAAGACGACACCAAACGACGAGAGCAGCUCCUUGUUCAGGGCACCCGUGAAGUAUAA